AUGGCCGAAAGAACCUACAAGAACGAGUUCCCUAUCGAGGAGAUUGACGACAACUCCUGGAUGACAGGCCAGGUCCUCAUUUCUCGCCAUGCUUCUAAGCCUGAUGGACCAUGUUGGGAUGAUGGCAAAGACGCCUUCUUUACCAUCUCUGAGGCCCCGAACCCAAAGCCCUCGACCCGGCCUCUCUCGGAGUCUUGCCCCAUCGUCGAACUGUCCUGUGGACCCACGACUGCAAGGGCAGGCAUAUUUGAGGUUGGUCAUGCCUACUUGACGAUUGAUCUCAAUAUCGGAACUCCCGAGCAUGUCACUCUGGGAAAGCUCGCCGAAAUGGAUCUUUCGUUCAAGGUUCCAAAGGUCUACUACCAUGGAGUCCACUGCGACAGAUAUUAUCUGGUCUGCAGCUCAUUUCCGUCGGGUCGCAACUUGCUGUACGCCUGGACGGAGACUGAUGAUCAUGAUACCAGGUCACUUUGGGUGUCGCAGAUUGCUGACGCCUGCCUGGAAUUAUCCAAAUUCCGCGGCAGCGCUAUCACCGCCAUUGACGGCGGCAUCUUAAAUGACCACUUGUUGUUGAAAGAGGUUGGGUCAGCUGCCGACAUCGACUACGAACCCGAAAAGAUGCGCGAAAACUGUUUGGAAAUCGGCCUCGACUGCUCCGAGCUCACGUUUGCCUUGAACAGCAUUCAACCAAUUGCAUUCACGGUCAAUGACGACGGUCUGGUAGGUAUCAGCUCCUGGCGUCACGCUGGUUUUGUUCCCAAGGACUGGAUCGGAACAAAGGUGCGCUCGAAUGAUCUUCUGGAGUCGGCCGAUGUGUGUAAUAAGCUGUGGACGGAGGAGGAUCUGGCUCAUUGGUCUUACUACAUAGGGGUGGCCAUGAAGGAGAACGGCUUCAGGGAGUUCUGGUACGACUUCGCGAAGUGGAAUUCCAAGAAGGCCCAGCGACACAUGAAAAGGAUCGGAAAGGCUUGA